AUGUGGUGCAGUAUCCUUCUAUUGGCAGGAGUAUCUACCCUUUCGACCGCACAAGGAACAUACCCCGCCUGCGCUCAAUCAUGCGUAUCCAAUGCCCUCACCUCAGUAUCCUGCCUCCUCGACAACGCAACCUGCGAAUGCGCCCCCGCCUAUUCCCCCGCCUUCAGCAAAGCCGUAACCCCCUGCGUCGAAGCAGCCUGCUCAACAGAUGACCAGUACCUCGCUAUCGAAGCUUACGACUUUAUCUGCGACGAAUGGACCCUGAGUCUGUACACGGCUGGAUUAACGACCUUGUUCACGACCAGUAGUCUUGUCGGCGGGUUCUUGACUACAACUGCACCAGCGGAAGUGACAAGCACGAGUUCCAGAGUAGAGGCAGUGACGCAAACGAGUGCAGCUGGAGUAGCGAGCGCAACGAGUGUUGGGAAUGGAAAUGGGAAUGGGAAUGGGAACGGGGCUUCGAGCGGGACUAUACUCCAGUCUUCGAGUUCGAGCGGAGGACUCUCAGCUGGUGCGAAAGCGGGGAUUGGAGUAGGUGCAGCGAUUGGCGGAUUGCUGUUCAUUGGACUUAUCGUUCUGGCAUUCAUUUAUGGACGUCGUUCUGCUAGAGAAAAGAACAAACCGGAGGAAGCACCAGCGCCGAACCCACCUGCCCAGGUAGAUCAGUUUGGGAAGGUUGAAUUAGGCGGGGAUCCGAAGGCUGGGUUUGUGGAGGUGAAAGUUGAUGAUGUUCAUCCAUUGAGUGGUGAUGAGAAAGCAGAGUUGGAGAAUAGGAGGAGGGCGAAGGAUUUGGAGAAUGGCGUUUCAAGGAAUAGUAGUGUGCUUGUGAGUCCGAUUGCUACAGAGAGGACUGAAGUGGAGGCUGCUGGUGCGGAAAGGUUCGAGCUGGAGGCUUUGAGGAGAGAAGCUGGUGUGAGAUAUGAGUUAGGAUAA